AUUGACAGAAACUUCCAAACAGAAUGUUGGGCUCUGGGAAGGCGGCAGUUGGGACAGGUGAGCCAGAGAAGCUCAGUGAUGUGCUUUGUAUGUUGCCAAAUCUGGCAGCAACCUGUGGACUGCUUGUAUAAGUGUAAUAGAUGUCGAGUAAAAGGCCUCAGCAUCGGUUGGUGCCUUUGCGCACAAAAACAAAGAAGGACCCCAACGUGAAGAAAGGCCACAAAAUGGGGUGAGUUUUGACUUGCCACACAAAUGCCAACACAACAAAAGAACCCGUGAGUUUGUUGUGCUUAUGAUAAAGGCUUAGGCGCAUAUCUCCCUCAGUAUGCAAUGCAGAGUCCAAAAAUUUCCCUCGGCUCAAUUCAGAAAGACUCGAUGCUAUGAACUUUAUGGACAUUUCUCAGAGCAGUUUCAAGAGUUCUCACCUGGGUUGUAAGGUUGGUGCAGAGACACUAAACCUUUGGGCUGGAUUCAACUGACCGGUCGAACACCAGGACUUCAGCUAGUGCAACAGGACUUCUCCCCCUGGUGCCCCCAAAUUGUCUUAAAGGUAAAUGUAAAGGGACCCCUGACCAUUAGGUCCAGUCCAGAGAUGGGACUGCGGCGCUCAUCUCGCUUUAUUGGCCGAGGGAGCCGGCGUACAGCUUCCAGGUCAUGUGGCCAGCAUGACUAAGCUGCUUCUGGCGAACCAGAGCAGCACACGGAAACGCCGUUUACCUUCCCGUCGGAGUGGUACCUAUUUAUCUACUUGCACUCUGAUGUGCUUUCGAACUGCUAGGUUGGCAGGAGCAGGGACCGAGCAACGGGAGCUCACCCCGUCACGGGGAUUCAAACUGCCGACCUUCUCAUCAGCAAGUCCUAGGCUCUGUGAUUUAACCCACAGUGCCACCCACUUAGGGGGAGAUUAUUAUGUCGGGCAAGCUCAAAUGGGAAACAUUUGGGAAAGCGUGGUGUUGAAUUUUUUCCCUUGACACCUGAGAUGUAUAUUUUUAGGACCCACUCAAGUUGGGAUUGUAAUUUGUUUUAUACUGCUUUUUGUUGUUGUAUUUUACAUUGUUGGGAACCACCCUGGAUCUUCUGGCUGCAUUUGCCCUGCACCCACCCCACAGUGCCUGCCAUUGUGCGUACAGUUGUACCUCCUUUUGCGUCUGUGAUCCCGACGAAAGGGACACUCGACAAAGUGCUGCUCUGCGCAUGCAUGAAGCACGAUUGGCAAACCCGAAGUAACCCGUUCUGGUACUUCCGGGUUUGCUGCGGAUGUUGGACGAAAUGGACCCUAAACAAGGCGGACUCAAAAUGAGGUACCGCUGCAGAGCCAUCUGGAUUUUAGAUCUGGAUGGUAGACAACAUCCAUGUAAAAUGCCUGCAGCAAACAAGAGGUAUCACUAGCCCAAAUAUAGAGAAGAAAUGUAAAGAAGAAAAGAGUGGUUGGGGAAACCCAGCCAGAUGGGCGGGGUAUAAAUAAAUUAUUAUUAUUAUUAUUAUUAUUAUUAUUAUUAUUAGUCUACUUGGUUGUAUGUGUUGUUUGCACAGCUCAUAGCCACUGAGAGUUUUAUUUAGAACAAGGGGCUAAUAUGAGUUUGCGCCUGAAAAGGGAACAUAUUUCAGAGGCCAUUUUCUGUUAUUAGUUUAGUCACUUGAGCACAAGACUUUGAAGCCUAGGGUCGUGGGUACAAGCCCCACAUUGGGCAAAAGAUUCCUGCAUUGCAGGGGUUUAGACUAGAUGGCCCCUCGUAGUCCCUUCCAACUCUACGGUUCUGUGAUUCUGAGUUUUGCACGAUGAUCUACAGAAGAACUCCAGAAAUAACUGCUGGGACAAACCAUACUUUACAGGUUUGCAGGAGAACAUCUGGUGAAAAUGGUGCUCAGAAAUAAACCUAGCCAUUACAAGAUGGACAGGUUCAUAGUCUGAACCAGAAUAUCUCUAAUGUGAAAUGAAAAGAACUAGAGUAUAUUUCCCUGACGGAAGAAGCUGUUUUCCCUAUUGCCCAACAACCACACCUAUUUCUGGAUUUAUUUGUUACAUUUUAAUCCUACUCCGUCAUCCCAGGUGUUCAGGGUGGUCAUAUGGUGUCUUUGCCCCUUUUUAAACCUCCGAACAGCCUUGUGAGGCUAGGAUGAGUAAUACUGUUGAUUAGUCCAAGGUCAUUAGGGAAUACCUAGAUUUCAAAUCCUAUAUUCAAUAGGAUUCAAGUCCAAUAGUUACUCACUACAGCACCACUACAACACAUUUAGGGUAGGGGACUAGACCCAACAGUAGCAGAUUCGUGUGCCAGAAUUUGCCCACGGAUUUCUUAUAAAGGGGGUGAUUCAAAGUUCAGCAGGAGAGGGAGGAGAGCUGAAUUCUACCCCUGUUGAAUUUCUACCCUCCUGCUGCUUCUCUCUGGCUGUCAUCUUUUGAGGCUCCAGUUCUGAAAGUAACCCACAGCAGAGGAAAAAUGGAUAGGGAAAACCAGGAGGGGGGGGCAUGUAAAGCGCUCAGUUCCCCCUUCCUGCCUGCCCAAUCUGUGCUUUAAGUUACUUCUCCAACUUUAUAUGGAAUUGGUGCAAACUGCAUACCGAAACAAAUGCUGUGUACCAUCUAGUUUUGCCCUUAAGGUCUCCUUUCUUAAGCAGGAUUGCCACACACAUCGCUCUUCUGUGUGGGAUGGGAGCCCCUCCCCAACAAUUAUGGGGUUCUGUAUGCCAGAAAGAGCAGCAGACCACGACGACUCCCAUUUCCACGCCAGAAAAGUCCCCACCAUAAAUUCUUUCUGUGGUGUGGCUAUUAAAAGCACAGGGGGAAAAGACAUCACCUGAAUUAUUCCAGAGAAAUGUGUUUGCAUACAGCAGUCUAGAAAAUUGCAAGCCAUUUUCAGAGUGUGUUCCUAUUGACAUUCCUAUUGACUUCAGUGGGGCCAAACUGUAUUUGCUUCAGCAGCAGAAAUUAUGUGGGUGAACUUAUCUCCUGGCUGGGAAAUAAGUGGAGGGAAAAGACUUGCCUGCUCUGCGUCAGGCUGUUGUUAAAGGCACAAGGCAGGCCCAGUGGUUUAACGUUGUGGGUUAAACCACAGAGCAUAGGACUUGCCGAUCAGAAGGUCGGCAGUUCGAAUCCCCGCGACGGGGUGAGCUCCCGUUUCUCGGUCCCUGCUCCUGCCAACCUAGCAGUUCAAAAGCACGUCAGAGUGCAAGUAGAUAAAUAGGUACUGCUCUGGCGGGAAGGUAAACGGUGUUUCCGUGCGCUGCUCUGGUUCGCCAGGAGCGGCAUAGUCAUACUGGCCACAUGACCCAGAAGCUGUACACCAGCUCCCUCAGCCAAUAAAGCGACAUGAGCGCUGCAAGCCCGGAGUCAGUCACGACUGGACCUAAUGGUCAGGGGUCCCUUUACCUUUUUAGGCCCAGGAAAGUGAAAGGAAAGGCUGGAAACCUUGGAGCUGGCAAAGGCCUUACCAGGUAACCAUUUCCAGGUUACCUUCCCAAAUAUACUGCCCUGCAUGGCUUGGCUCGGGCAAAGUGAAUGUCCUUUCCCCCAUCAUGUCUACUAGGCAGAUUUGCUCAGAAGUGCCCCCCAGCAUCUAGUCCCCCCCUUAAUUCUCCCACACUGAGGCUACAGUUGUCAACCCACAUCCUAGGGUGCAAGGGACCAUAGCUGUCAACUUUCAGAUUUGAAAAUAAGGGAUCAGCAGCUUCACCUGUCCCGUGGACAGUCUAUGGGAUAUCUAACAAUCCGGGAUAGCAGCGGGAAGCAGCGGGAAAUGGCGCUGGAAUAAGGCAACUUCCCGCAAAAAAAAGGGAAGGUUGACAGCUAUGCAACGGACCCACAGAACUUGCACCAGAGGACCGUGCCAACGGGAUUGCUCCCUGAGCCGCCACUUGCAACUCAUGAGAACGCUGGUCCCAGUCAACAGGCAGUGUGUCUCAAUGAGCACAGUGGGGUGCAAUGGGGCUCAUCCUGCCCCUCUUGUGCCACACAGUGCCGGGAAGGAAUUUGGAGAGACAGAGCUGAGGAAAGUUGCACCUGCCAAGGGGCUGGGCUUCGCCUGCCUCCUCUUUGGGUGGGUGUCGUGGGGAUCCCUCCUUGGUCCCUGAGCUUCCUCUGCGUGGAGGCAGCACGCAGGCCUUACAGCGCCAGCCCAGCCACACCUGCCCAACAGCGAGUCCUGUUGCAUUCCAUGGCGCUUGUUGUUGUUUAGUCGUUUAGUCGUGUCUGACUCUUCUUGACCCCCUGGACCAGAGCACGCCAGGCACUCCUGUCUUCCACUGCCUCCCACAGUUUGGUCAAACUCAUGUUUGUAGCUUCGAGAACACUGUCCAACCAUCUUGUCCUCUGUCGUCCCCUUCUCCUUGUGCCCUCCAUCUUUCCCAACAUCAGGGGCUUUUCCAGGAAGUCUUCUCUUCUCAUGAGGUGGCCAAAGUACUGGAGUCUCAGCUUCAUGAUCUGUCCUUCCAGUGAGCACUCAGGGCUGAUUUCCUUCAGAAUGGAGAGGUUUGAUCUUCUUGCAGUCCAUGGAACUCUUAAGAGUCUCCUCCAGCACCAUAAUUCAAAAGCAUCAAUUCUUCGGCGACCAGCCUUCUUUAUGGUCCAGCUCUCACUUCCAUACAUCACUACUGGGAAAACCAUAGCUUUAACUAUACGGACCUUUGUUGGCAAGGUGAUGUCUCUGCUUUUUAAGAUGCUGUCUAGGUUUGUCAUUGCUUUUCUCCCAAGAAGCAGGCAUCUUUUAAUUUCAUGACUGCUGUCACUAUCUGUAGUGAUCAUGGAGCCCAAGAAAGUAAAAUCUCUCACUGCCUCCAUUUCUCCCCCUUCUAUUUGCCAGGAGGUGAUGGGCCCAGUGGCCAUGAUCUUAGUUUUUUUGAUGUUGAGCUUCAGACCAUAUUUUGCGCUCUCCUUUUUCACCCUUAUUAAAAGGUUCUUUAAUUCCUCCUCACUUUCUGCCAUCAAGGUUGUGUCAUCUGCCUAUCUGAGGUUGUUGAUAUUUCUUCUGGCAAUCUUAAUUCCAGUUUGGGAUUCAUCCAGCCCAGCCUUUCGCAUGAUGAAUUCGCAUAUAAGUUGAAUAAGCAGGGAGACAAUAUACAGCCUUGUCGUACUCCUUUCCCAAUUUUGAACCAAUCAGUUGUUCCAUACCCAGUUCUAACUGUAGCUUCUUGACCCACAUAGAGAUUUCUCAGGAGACAGAUGAGAUGAUCAGACACUCCCAUUUCUUUAAGAACUUGCCAUAGUUUGCUGUGGUCGACACAGUCAAAGGCUUUUGCAUAGUCAAUGAAGCAGAAAUAGAUGUCUUUCUGGAACUCUCUACUUUCUCCAUAAUCCAGCACAUGUUUGCAUGGCGCUUACUCGCAGGUAAGUGGGAUCCAGGCUGGCCCUGCAACCGAGCCUGCUCAGCGGGGGCGGCCCCGCGCAUUUGGGCCCCUGGGGGGGGUGUGACUCCAUCCUUCAUGGAGAUCACCUGUGUUCCGCGGCAGGUGAGGCGAGGGGGCGUGUGUUCGAGGGCGGGGCGUGUCUUGGCGGGGAAAGCGAAAGUAAAGCGCCUGCGGCAAACUUUCGAUUUCGUUUCCUGCGGCUGGACAAGGGAGCAGCUGUUCUGGGCGCGCGUGUAUCUGCGAGCGGAAUCCUUGCAGCCGGAGCCAUGAGCUGGACGCAUUCGGCCUCUCCGUCUCCCUUGCCAAGGGGCGCCUCGCCGGGCGACCCCUCUGCCUGCCCCCGGGAUGGGGGCGCUUCGGGGCCGGAGGGCGGGCAGGAGCAGCGGCCGCAGCAGUAAGUAGCCCGGGCGCCCUCAAACUCCCCCGUCUGAAUUAAUAAGAGGGAAAGAUAAGCAGAGCCGUCUCAUUCCAGUGACCCAUUUCGUCCCGUAUUAGGAGCUAUUUCUUGCUUUAUUUCUUUUUAAAAAUAAUUUCUUACUGAAGACUUUCUUAGUUUGCAAAAGUACAUGGUCGCUUCUCUUUUCAGGUUGCGUUUUCCACCGGUCUGUUGCAUUAAUGGCGAUUGUAUUGCAUUGAAUAUUUCUUGCUUUCUCUGAAGCUCAUUAUUCUCUUCCCUUCAUUUCAAUAGGGACCCCAGUCAUGUCCGUCGGUAUUGGCAGCUCCCCUUGUUUCCUAUCCACUCUCGACUUGUUCCCAGUGGGUGGCAUUUAUUCGUUUAUUUAUUUAGUGUAGCGCUACUCCGUUGUAGUGUAUCAAACUCUAGCGUUGCCGGCACAGGCCUGUCAUUAAGAAACCUAGUUGUCGACUGCCAAAUAAUAUAUUUUAAGAACCUCUUUGUGGUCCUAGGAGCUUUUGGGUUGAAUUUGUAAAGUAUCCUGGAUAAAAGGGCCCUUACAUAGUCCAGUAAACUACUGCGAUUUUCAGAGUAUGCUGCCAUCUAAUGUGAAUGAUGCUAACAAGGUACCACCAGCUCUGUUAUAAUAGUUUGUGCACACAUCUCCCUCACUUAGAAAGCAUGGUUCCCAGCAGUUUACCAUUUGUCCCACAGCUCUCCAUGGAAAAACCUGUCAUUUUCCGCUGAAGUGGAGCGGAUGGCGAUCCAUUGAAACCCGGUUGACAUUUUCUCCAGUUCAGUGGCAAUGAGGGGGCUACCUGUGAGAAAGCAGCAGGACAAGCAGAAGUCCUGCUUGGGCUGGGUGUUCAUCAGUAUGCAGAUGACACCCAGCUCUACCUCUCCUUUAAAUCAGAACCAGUGAAGGCGGUGAAGGUCCUGUGUGAGUGCCUGGAGGCGGUUGGAGGAUGGAUGGCGGCUAACAGAUUGAGGUUGAAUUCUGACAAGACAGAAGUACUGUUUUAGGGGGACAGGGGGACAGUGGGUGUGGGGGAUUCCCUGGUCGUGAAUGGGGUAACUGUGCCCCUGAAGAACCAGGUGUGCAGCCUGGGAGUCAUUUUGGACUCACAGUUGUCCAUGGAGGUGCAGGUUAAUUCGGUACGCAGGCUAAGACCCUACCUGCCCACGGACUGUCUCGCCAGAGUGGUGCAUGCUCUAGUUAUCUCCCGCUUGGACUACUGCAACAUGCUCUACGUGAGGCUACCUUUGAAGGUGACCUGGAAACUGCAAUUAAUCCAGAAUGCAGCAGCUAGACUGGUGACUGGGAGUGGCUGCCGGGACCACAUAACACCGGUCCUGAGAGAUUUGCAUUGGCUCCCAGUAUGUUUCCGAGCACAAUUCAAAGUGUUGGUGCUGACCUUUAAAGCCCUAAAUGGCCUCGGUCCUGUAUACCUGAAGGAGCGUCUCCACCCCCAUCGUUCAGCCAAAACACUGAGAUCCAGCGCUGAGGGCCUUCUGGCAGUUCCUUCAUUGCGAGAAGUGAGGUUACAGGGAACCAGACAGAGGGCCUUCUCGGUAGUGGCACCCAUCCUGUGGAACACCCUUCCUUCAGAUGUGAAGGAAAUAAGCAGCUAUCCUAUCUUUAAAAGACAUCUGAAGGCAGCCCUGUUCAGGGAAGUUUUUAAUAUUUAAUGCUGUAAUGUUUUUAACACUUGAUUGGGAGCCGCCCAGAGUGGCUGGGGAAACUCAGCCAGAUGGUGGGGCAUAAAUACCGUAUUUUUCGCACCAUAGGACGCACCAGCCCAUAGGACGCAUCAAGUUUUUUUGGGGGGGAAAUAAAGAAAAAAAAAUUUAUUUCCCCCCCAGGCGCUUGUGGGGCCGGCAGCAGGGAGAAGCGCUCUUCUCCCCGCAGUCCGCCUUCAGAUCAGGUCCGGGGACAGCGGGAAGACGCGCUGCGCCUCCCAGCUGUCCCCGGAGCUUGCGAGGCAGGCAGCGGGGAGCAGCGCGCUGAUCCCGGCCGCCUGCCGUGAGAUCAGGUCCGGGGACAGCGGGGAGACGCGCUGCGCCACCCAGCUGUCCCCAGAGCUUGCGGGGCAGGCAGCGGGGAGAAGCGCUCUUUUCCCCGCCGCCCGCCUUCAGAUCAGGUCCGGGGACAGCGGGAAGACGCGCUGCGCCUCCCAGCUGUCCCCGGAGCUUGCGGGGCAGGCAGUGGGGAGAAGCGCUCUUCUCCCCGCCGCCCGCCUUCAGAUCAGGUCCGGGGACAGCGGGAAGACGCGCUGCGCCUCCCAGCUGUCCCCGGAGCUUGCAAGGCAGGCAGCGGGGAGAAGCGCUCUUCUCCCUGCCGCCUGCCUUGAGAUCAGGUCCGGGGACAGCGGGAAGACGCGCUGUGCCUCCCAGCUGUCCCCGGAGCUUGCAAGGCAGGCAGCGGGGAGAAGCGCUCUUCUCCCUGCCGCCUGCCUUGAGAUCAGGUCCGGGGACAGCGGGAAGACGCGCUGCGCCUCCCAGCUGUCCCCGGAGCUUGCGGGGCAGGCGGCGGGGUCUUCCCGCCGUCAGCCUCCAAACCACUUCGGGAGACAGUGGGAUGGCGGCGUUCCACCUCCCUCUGUCCCCCGACCUUGUGGGGCUGGCGCUGGGGCUCUCCUGAAGCCUGGAGAGCGAGAGGGUCGGUGCGCACCGACCCCUCUCGCUCUCCAGGCUUCAGUGAAAGCCUGCAUUCACCCCAUAGGACGCACACACAUUUCCCCUUCAUUUUUGGAGGGGAAAAGGUGCGUCCUAUUGGGCGAAAAAUACGGUAAUAAAUUAUUAUUAUUAUAUAUUAAGUGUGGUUGAGCCCUAACUGGCAUGUUCCUGAGUCUUUAGGAGUCAUUUGUGGGAAGCAGCCAACCUGUUCCUACAGGUAUGAAGAGAAAACCAAACAGCAGGUCUGGUCAAAACCUCUGUCUCCGUUGAAGGCGGCCAGCUCUCAUGCGCAAAGCAUGUGAAACCUCCUUUGGUGUAGCGUGUAGACAUUUCUCAUCUUGCAAAGGGGAGUUUGGGAAGCUUUGCAAGACCACGCCCUACCUAGAAACUUUAUUGAGUCAUGCUCUGGAAAACUCCCAUGGCUACGUAGCAGGAAGUAAAAAUAGGAAGUGUUUAGUAAAUCCACUAGCUCAGCUUGUUGUGCCAUUUCCAGUACUCAGUUUUUUAGAAACUUGAACACAACAUUAAUUGUCUCUUAGGUGCAACUGCACAGUCCUUGUGUGUUGCUGUUUGCGAAUACGUUCCGAAAUCGAGACAAUCCACAAAAUUGGAACAACAAAAUGCACUCUGCUUGUUAGCUCAGCUUUUGGUUAAUUGGAAUUGGGUUUUGAAUAAACUAUUGGGGGCUUUUUCACUAAUCAGUUCAUGAUCUGAUCACCACCUCCCUCAAGCACUCCAACAGCAUUAUUCUGAAGUCUAAUGUAGACGAAAUGAGAGUGCCAUUAUCAUAGCUGCCAAUGCGUACUUUAAAAGGCUGCAUGGGGCUCCAAACUGGAUAAAUAAGGGCUGCAGUACUGAGAGUUUAUGUGAGAAUCAUUUUUCUCCAUGUAAUUUCGCUUAAUCUCUUUCCCUGAGCUGCUUUUUGCCCUGCUGAGUUAUUGGGAGUCUUCUGGACCCAUCCAACUGGGUCCUAAGAAGAAGCUGUUUCCCUAAGAGUUUGAUUGUUUCUGCUGCAGCGUGAGCAGCAUGGGAAUCUAGGAUGUAUUGUUUAUAGUCAAUGACGAGCAUAGCUUCCUGCAAAAAUGCCCUACCAAUUCAAAACAGGCUUGUAUUAAAAAACAAAAAUGUACAGUGGUACCUCAGGUUAAGUACUUAAUUCGUUCCGGAGGUCCGUACUUAACCUGAAGCUGUUCUUAACCGGAAGCACCAACUUUAGCUAAUGGGGCCUCCUGCUGCUGCCGCGCCGCCUAAGCACAAUUUCGGUUCUCAUCCUGAAGCAAAGUUCUUAACCUGAAGCACUAUUUCUGGGUUAGCGGAGUCUGUAACCUGAAGCGUAUGUAACCUGAGGUACCACUGUAUUUGAAAGCUACUUCUUAGUAAAGUCGGCCCAGUCGUGGCCGACUCUGGGGUUGCAGCGUUCAUCUCACUUUAUUGGCUGAGGGAGCCAGCGUACAGCUUCCGGGUCAUGUGGUCAGCAUGACUAAGCUGCUUCUGACGAACCAGAGCAGCGCAUGGAAACGCCGUUUACCUUCCCGCCAGAGCGGUACCUAUUUAUCUACUUGCAGUUUGACGUGCUUUUGAACUGCUAGGUUGGCAGGAGCUGGGACCGAGCAACGGGAGCUCACCCCAUCGCGGGGAUAUGAACCGCCGACCUUCUGAUCGGCAAGUCCUAGGCUCUGUGGUUUAACCCACAGCGCCACCCGCGUCCCUAAGCUACUUCUUAUAUUACUACAAAAUGUGCAAUCCACCCUUCGUCCGUAUCGGUAUCGGGGCACAGUGCCACAAACAAAAUAACCAAACCUCAGAAAUGGAAUUUCACAAGCAUAACAAAUUAAGACUGCUAAAACUAUCAACAGCACAGCUGGGUUAAGCAAUCAAAACUAAAACUCUGAAAAUGCCUGGAUGAGGAAGUAUCCCAAAGCGACGGAGUUGGUGCCAGACAGACUGCUUUGAGGAGAAAGCAGUCUAUACCCAGAGUGCCAUUGUCCAUUAGGGUCUCUCAUGUAUUGCCACGUAAUGGAUUUUCGUAGAUGGUGGAAGCUGAAGAAGAUGCCACUCCUCAGCCCCAGACGAAAGGCGCAGGCAGGCUAGAAUAGAAUAGGAAGAGGUGGUCCUUGAUGAGUGUCGUCUAAGGCUUUAACAUGCACCUUCAAUUGGUCCAGGAAGUGAACAGGCAGACAAUGGAGUAAUUCUUCUAGAAUUGGUGUCCUGUUGUUGCAUCUGACUGAAUUGAUUAAAAACGUAGCAAUGGCAGCCUCACGUGCAGUGUGUUAAAGUAAGGCAGCUGGGAAAUGACCAGAGCACAAGAUACAGUGGUACCUCGGGUUACAUACACUUCAGGUUACAGACUCCGCUAACCCAGAAAUAGUACCUCGGGUUAAGAACUUCGCUUCAGGAUGAGAACAGAAAUCGUGCUCUGGCGGUGCAGCGGCAGCAGGAGGCCCCAUUAGCUAAAGUGGUGCUUCAGGUUAAGUACAGACCUCCGGAACGAAUUAAGUACUUAACCUGAGGUACCACUGUACUGUGGCCUAACACUCUCUGUCCAGAAAUGGUCCUAACUGGGGAACCAUCUGAAGCCAAAAGAAGGCCACGAAAGACAUUUUCAUCUCCAGGGACAAUGUUGGAUCCAGGAGUCCUCACAAGUUAUGUAGAUGCUCCCUGAGAGAGACUGCAGUCCUAUCAAGACCAGGCAGGGCACCUAAAUCUCUGGUUGGAGAACUAUCUCCAUCUUGUCAGUAUUUGGUUUACUGGUCUCCCACUUUGACCAUUAGAGCCCACAGUCCAGAACCCCCAGGUCAGGUAAGUGCGGUUUUGAGGUGGCAAUGGGUAGGGCUGGGAGAGCCGGAGCUGCUUUUUUGCUGUUGCCAGUGCUGGGCCUGGUGGCAGCCUGGGCCUGACUCUGCAAUGCGCAGGGUGCAAUCCACCCCAGCGCCUAGCGCAUCAGGGCCUUCGGAUGUUGCCAAGGGGCGCAGGGCCCCUUGGCAGUGUUGGCCAGCUCUGCAAGGGGUGGGGUCGUCUGGUGCUGCUGCUGACAUGCACCUAGUAAAUAACAAAGUGUCUACUCAGAAGAAUGUUGAUGUUGUUUAGUCAUUUAGUCGUGUCCGACUCUUCGUGACCCCAUGGACCAGAGCACUCCAAGCACUCCUGUCUUCCACUGCCUCCCACAGUUUGGUCAGACUCAUGUUCGUAGCUUCGAGAACACUGUCCAACCAUCUUGUCCUCUGCCGUCCCCUUCUCCUUGUGCCCUCCAUCUUUCUCAGCAUCAGGGUCUUUUCCAGGGAGUCUUCUCUUCUCAUGGGGUGGCCAAAGUACUGGAGCCUCAGCUUCAGGAUCUGUCCUUCCAGUGAGCACUCAGGGCUGAUUUUCUUCAGAAUGGGUCGGUUUGAUCUUACAGUCCAUGGGACUCUCGAGUCUCCUCCAGCACCUUAAUUCAAAAGCAUCAAUUCUUCGGCAAUCAGCCUUCUUUAUGGUCCAGCUCUCACUUCCACACAUCACUACUGGGAAAACCAUGAAUUUAACUAUACAUACCAGAAGAAAGCUGCACCAAAUUCAGUGGGCCUUACUCCCAGGUGAGAUUGUGUGGGUCUGUCGGGUUUUAUCUAGGCCAGGCUUCCUCAACCUCGGCCCUCCAGAUGUUUUGAGACUACAGUUUGCAUCAACCCUGAUCACUGGUCCUGCUAGCUAGGGAUCAUGCGAAUUGUAGGCCAAAAACAUCUGGAGGGCCAAGGUAGGCAGCCAGGGCUCCUCCAGAUAACAAGAUCUUUUUCCAGCAGGUCAGUGAGGACCACUUGCUUUUUAAAAUUCUCCCAUAUAUACCGAACUCCCUGUGCACCUUUUUGACUGUAUCUGUAGUUUCCCCCCUCUGUGUCAAAUAACUAGGGUCAAAUAAAUGUUGUUUUCUUUUUAUAAUACCUGGAAGAUGGAUCUCCCUUGGGAGGUUCUGGACUCUCCUUCCUGGGAGGUUUUUAAGCAGAGGCUGGAUGGUCGUCUGUCAUGGAUGCUUUAGCUGAGUUUCCUACAUUGCAGGGGGCUGCACUAGAAAGAUUACCUUUGGGGUCCCUUCCAGUUCCAUGAUUCUGUUUUUCUGCUUCAACAUUAUUUCAUUAUGUUCCUAUCAUUUGAUGUAAUAGUAUUUUGUAUAAAUUAUAAAAGUAUAAAUAAAACAUCUCCUAUUUACAAGCAAAGCAUUUAAAUAGCUACCUUUCCACCGGUAGGAUGGGGGUAGCCAGGAUUUUUCUUGGGGGGAAGACAGAACCUCAGAUUUGUAUUGACUUUUUUUCUUAUUGGGGGGCAGCUGCCCCCCUGCCUCCCUUGGCUACAUCCAUGGGGGGCACAGGAAGGAAACAAGGUCAGAAGGGGGCCACAUUCAGAAAAAGGUUGUGAAACACUGGUGUACACAGAUCAGAUGCAAGCUGAUAUUGAUAGUUACCGUAUUUUUCGCUCUAUAAGACGCACCAGACCACAAGACGCACCUAGUUUUUGGAGGAGGAAAACAAGAAAAAAAAUGUUCUGAAUCUCAGAAGCCAGAACAGCAAGAGGGAUCGCUGCGCAGUGAAAGCAGCAAUCCCUCUUGCUGUUCUGGCUUCUGGGAUAGCUGCGCAGCCUGCAUUCGCUCCAUAAGACGCACACACAUUUCCCCUUACUUUUAAGGAGGGGAAAAGUGAGUCUUAUAGAGCAAAAAAUAUGGUACUUACAGCAACUCUCUAAUGAAAGCUUUAAGAACAGUCAGCCUGAGAAGCAACCGCUUGCAUUUCUGCAGGGCGCAGAAAUUACAUAAUUAGGUUGUACAGAUGUUAAAAUCCAUUUGCUACACGUUCAUGUGCCUAAUUAACUGAAAACAUGUCAUAUAGAAAAGGGUCAGCAAGAGUUGUAUUGUGCGAAAAUGCAGCAGUUUUGCAACAAAGGUAAAUUAGGUCAAACUGCCACAUUGCAUUUUCAAUCCCCCCACCGAACUCAGAAUAUUGCUGAGUUUAGAUGCACUAUAUGUUAUCAUCACUCUCUAAUGAUGUACAAUAAACGGGGAUAUCAUACUAAAAGAGGAAAUCAGGGUACGUGCAGUCUAGUCUUUGGGUAUCUCUUUAAUUCUCUGCUAGUGUUUGGCAACCCUUUCCUUCUGUGCUCCAACUUAUAAAUCACUUUGGCUUCUCCUUUCCUUACAGGUGUCAUUGCUAUUCUUGCUGACUUGCAGAGCUAUCAUACAGAGUGUUAAAUGUAUUUGGAUCUUGCCUUGACAGAUUGUGUAGAAGGGCUCUUGUUCCCAGGCGGUGUUCUGUAAGCGUCUCACAGAACUGAGCAAAGGCCUCUGUCUGCAUAAUAAAAUAAGAUUUGUUGCAUUUCCCCGUGUGCUGACAUUUCCUGUGUAUGCCACAACUUUCUCAUAUCUUAAAAAAAUGCUAGAAUCUAUCUUUUGCUGUUACCAAAAGCUGCACAAGCCUUUAACUUUGAUGCCAUGGAAAUGAAAUGAGAAUCUGGCCGGGCUUGUGACAGAGUUCUGCUACUGCGCUUGGCAGCAGACAUUACGAUUAUGAUCUAGGAAGUUUUGUCCUGGGAAAUAAAAAUACAUCCUUCCGACUUCAGAAGCGUCUGUAAGGACACAUUCACCACUCGUCUUCCUCUGUAGCAGGGAGAAGGCAGCAUAACUUCAGGUAGGGUGGUGGCGGCAGUGAAGGAAAAAUUUUGUUUUCUGUGCGAAGUACCAGAGAGGUUAGAAUAGGUAAGGAAGCAAAUAGAAGCACUAGGGCAGCCAUUCUGAAAAUGCUUAAGUUCAUAUUUCUUCUGAUAAAUACUAAUUAAAAGAAAUAUGAACGAACUAUUUAUAUAUUACUUACUAUAAUUAUUUAUAGCCCGUGCUUCAGGAUAAUGCUUCCAAGGCAGUAUACAAUUAAAUUGAUCCCAAGUGAGACUUUUUUCUUUUCUUUAGGGCUUCUCUUUCUGGAGUUUUCUUUCAGAUUUAUUUAGCUUCAUACAUUUCGGGAGAGAAGCAGCUGUAUCUUUUCAUAGCUGGCAAAAUGAAACUAUGGAUGGCAUUGGAGCUCUGGCUGUGUACACAUUAAUGGCUUAAAUGUUGAAGUAAUUUACCUUCUCCCUCUGAAUUUCAAUUCACAUUUGCCCUUUGCUGUACACACCAGAGAGGGGUCGGGGAUGUCAUCACCCAACAAGCGUUGCCUGCUUGGUUUUCCUGCCCCUGCAAUGCGCGUACACACAGAACCCCUGUUUGUGAAGGUGUCACCUGUGAAUGCUCAUUCAUCUGAACGUGCACAAUGAUUCUCUCAAAUGCACACACCAGAUUCAACAUGAGAAUGUGGCCCAACUUUUCUAGUUGCAUUGAAGCAGGUUUGAAGAAAAACAAAUACCAGUGGUUAUCUAGAACUCCAGCCCUUCAGAUGUUUUGAGACUACAAUUCCCAUCAUCCCUGACCACUGGUCCUGUUAGCUAGGGAUGGUGGGAAUUGUUGUUCCAAAACAUGUGGAGGGCUGGAGUUUGCCUAUGCCUGAUCUAGAAACUACAAAAUCGGUAUAGAUUGUAGGUAACGUGUAAAUAUGACUUCAAAAAUAGUGGGAGUGCACUGGAUAGCAAUGUGUACUCUGUGUGUACCCAUGUUUUUACUCAGAGGAGACACAUUGAAAUUAAUGAGCAUGACUAAGUUAUGUCCAUUACUUUCAGUAAUUCUACUAUGAGUAAAACAUUGGGUUUUUUUUACUCUUAUGAAAUAUGGUUGCCAUAUUUCAUAGCAACCAUCACCAUCAUUUUCCAUUGAGGGGAAAGACUGGAUCUGUGCAAGAAAUAGUUUUGGAGGGUGGCAUAUGAAUGUCCCUGUCUCAAAUGAAAUAAAUACAACUAAAAAUCUACAACAGUCUAAAGACACAUCUAGUGAAUGCUAGAUAGUAAUGUAUUUUCUCUCUCUCCCUCCCGUGUCUCUUCUUCCAACCUGCAACCUCCCUAGUCUGGGUGCCUUUGCUGUGAUUCCUCCAAAUCCAGUAAGGAGGAAUCAGUUACAGAAAAGUAAGUACGUUAUCCUGUUGAUGAACCUCUUCAUAGCGUAUCAGUUCCUGGGUUGUAUGUUGCCUUUGUGGGCAGGAAUAGAUUCUUGCUCACAAGUCUUCCUUCUUGCUGACAAGUCCUGAAAAGAGGACGGGUGUCGCUAAUCUAGAAAGUUGCAGAUGAUGUAUGAAAGUGCCUCAAACCAUCUGGGCUAGAUUAGUAAAUGGUAAUAGGCAGCUCCUUAUGCCUCAAUUUUAACAAAGCGCACCUCCUAAUUGGUGUGCUCUAUAGCUUUUUUCGGGACACGGGUGGCGCUGUGGUCUAAACCACUGAGCCUCUUGGACUUGCUGAUCAGAAGGUCGGCGGUUCAAAUCCCCGCGACGGGGUGAGCUCCCGUUGCUCAGUCCCAACUCCUGUCAACAUAGAAGUUCGAAAGCAUGCCCAAAGGUGCAAGUAGAUAAAUAGGUACUGCUCCAGUGGGAAGAUAAAAGCAUUUCCAUGCACUGCUCUGGUUUCAGUUGUUCUGUUGUGCCAGAAGCAGCUUAGUCAUGCUGGCCACAUAACCCAGAAAAACUGUCUGUGGACAAAUGCCGGCUCCCCCGGGCUAUAGAGUAAGAUGAGCGCUGCAACCCCAGAGUCGUCCGUGACUGGACUUAACUGUCAGGGGUCCUUUAAAGGUAAAGGGACCCCUGACCAUUAGGUCCAGUCAUGGCCGACUCUGGGGUUGCGGCGCUCAUCUCGCUUUAUUGGCCAAGGAAGCCGGCGUACAGCUUCCGGGUCAUGUAGCCAGCAUGACUAAGCCGCUUAUAGCAAACCAGAGCAGCUCACGGAAACUCUGUUUACCUUCCCACCGGAGGGGUCCUUUACCUUUUUAUAGCUUUUUUUCAGCUAGAGAAUAUUUUUAUUGGGCAACUCAUACGUUAUUAAAGUAUAAACAAACAUACGGCCUUUGCAAUUCAUUUGCACGUGGGUGGAUCAGAUGAGAUCUUUUUGUUCUGUCUUGAAAGUAUUCUGAGGACUACAACCUCAUUUCUGCAUUUUGUAUAUCCACUGAAAGAUUGACUUAAUUGGAUCUCACUCCUUUCACUACUGCAAGACUUCUGCCCCUGUGGUCAGGGUAUCAUGACCGACUUCAGCUAUUACAGUGUAAUCCUACAAAUGUGUUGUUGGAAGCAAGCCUACACCUUGCAAGUGGCCUAAAGUUACCUUUUGCAAAUUAUAGUGCCCUGUAGAAGUCAUGGGCGUUGAUGGGUGGCAGAGCCUUGCUCUCCAGGGCCGGCCCACCCACAAGGCAAGUUGGGGUGACUGCCUCAAGCGGCAGAAGCCCCUGUGGGCACCUUGCCACCAGCGCAGUGACACAUUCCCAUUUUGCCUCAAGCAGCACUUGAGACCACCAAGUGAUCACUGACACUAACCUUGUGAGACAUGUGGAGGCCAUUUAUUUUCUGCCUGGCCUGAUACCUUUUCCUUGCAGUAUUUUGACUCUUUGCUUCACUUACCAUAUUUCAGUUGCUACCAAAGAGUUGGAAGACCUGGAGAAAUGGAAGGAACGGCACAGGCCGGGGCUAAUUACCUUGACACCCCAGAAACUGGGUAAGCGAACAAGGGGGGAAAAGGGAAAUACAUUUGAGAUGCUGUGUUUUUCUUAGCUUAUUUUGAAGAAUUCCGAUUGUUUCCCACCGUUCGAUUGUUGUGAGAAUUAAAACUUCCUCUCUUUGGGGAAAUGGAAGCUUCAGGGGCCAGAUCAUCAGGCUUCUAUAACUUUGAAGCUUUAUAUCACACACUUGGUAACCUUGAACAAAUAGUGUAGGAAUUCCCAUAAUUAUUGAAAUAUUCCACUUCCACAGCUGACACCCAGGCCGGCAGCUCCAAUGUCUAGCUGAUCUACAAAGCCAGGGAUAAAAGCAAAUAAGAUCACAGAACUCAUUGUCUCUUCCGUAAUGGAGUCACAAGCAAUAACUAGCAUGGGUUUAUAAAUAGUUUGUGCCUGAAAAACAUGAUUGGAACUGUUUAUCACUUUGCAUUAAGUGAUUGUGGCCGUGUUAGCAUUUUGCCCUGAGUCAACCAUAUAAUGUACUUCAUAAACGUACCUGGAAUAUCAAAAUUUCACUACUGAAUAGCUUGAAUAAACUGACGGAAGUGAUGGAAAAUAGCAAUGAUGUGUUGAGUAGAGGCAGAAGCCCAGAAUAUCUGCUUCAAACAUUGACUAAGCAAUAGUAGGGUUCCUUCCACACGAGAGCUCUUCAGUGCUGCAGAGGCAUUCUGCUGGAAGCAGAAUUUAAUACUGUAUAGUGUUACAUUAUGCCUCCUGGAACCUUCAUUUCCAUUAGCAGUGUCCUUUCUCAUGCCUAGGGACACGGGUGGCGCUGUGGGUUAAACCACAGAGCCUAGGGCUUGCCGAUCAGAAGGUCGGCGGUUCGAAUCCCUGUGACAGGGUGAGCUCCCGUUGCUCGGUCCCUGCUCCUGCCAACCUAACAGUUCAAAAGCACGUCAAAGUGCAAAUAGAUAAAUAGGGACCGCUCCGGCAGGAAGGUAAACGGCGUUUUGGUGCGCUGCUCUGGUUCACCAGAAGUGGCUUAGUCAUGCUGGCCACAUGACCCGGAAGCUGUACACCGGCUCCCUCGGCCAAUAAAGCGAGAUGCGUGCCACAACCCCAGAGUCGGUGACGACUGGACCUUUACUUCUCAUGCCUAAGAUCUAUGCCAGGGGUGGCCUGAAGUGAAGGACAUGAGGCAGGAGUUGAUAAUGCAAGUGAGCUGUGCACAGGUGAGCUGCAAGCAAGCUGCCGACCAGCUGCGUGGAGACUCCUUUUAUUGACACAAUAUGCAAACCCAGGCAGAUACAUUUUGGGCAGUGACCUUUACACAUCUUCCAGUCCCAGGAUUGUGGGGUGGUACAAAGUUAUUUUGGCACCUGUUUCCACCGCGUCAUUUUCCCCUUGCACAAUGUAUGACGAAAGAGACAAAGGUCUUAGGGACAAAGUUUACAGACAGGACACCACAGACUACUGAGACCGCAAAAGGUUAGACAGAGGGCACGAUGUUCAGACAGCUGUGGCUUUAUCUGUGAAAGGGGAGUUUGCGCCACACCCCAAGGUCACGCGUGCAGGCAGGCUGAGGCUGCGGCUGCCUGCGGGUGGGGAGUGUGCUCCACGCCCAGCGAUCAUCCCUACAGUGGCCAGCUCUCAAGAGACUGCAAUCUACUCUGGCAGUGAUCAACCCCAUUUUUGGGGGUGCAGGGCAAAAAUGUUGAGCUUUUUUUUUAAGCCAUUCAACAAAGGCCUCUUCCAGCAUUAAGGAAAAGUUACCUGUCUUUAAUGUUUACUUGUUUUAUGGGGGGGGGGUGUAGUGGUGAAUAGCCUCUGCCAUGGGCAUCCUUCAAAGCUUCCCCAGUGUCUGUCCUGGGGUGGGAUUUGCAAAAACUGGGGAAGGAAAAAAGGCAAGAAACUCAGAAAUAAAAAGUAAUCGCCUUGCAGAACAAUACAGGGUUAAACGCCAUCUCCCUCUCCCAAACUAACGGAUAGUGCUAUGUAGAGAAUUAAAUACAUUGUCCUAGGUGGGGUUUUGUCUCCCUGUUGACUUUCACUGGGGAUGUCCUGGAUACAUCCCUGCAUCUGCAAGUUUUUUUUGUAGCCAUAACCAUUGUGUCAGCAAUGAAUCCCUCAGCUAGCAUACAAUGUAGUUUAAUGCUGCCUCUGAUAAUGCCAUUAUGUUGAGAGUGAACUUCAGAACAGAUGAUGCAUUUUUGUAUUUAUAGGUGGAAGAAUAUCGGAGGCCGAAGUGAGGCAGAAACAGCAACUUGAGCACAUCCAAUCUAAAUACCAGCAAAAGGUCAGGCAGGAUGCGACUGUCGGUUCCUUGGUCACAGCGUGGAACCAGUAGAUGAAUUUGUUGCUUUACCUUAACUUUUUUAUUUUUAAAGGAAACAAGUGCAUGGAAACACUGGUCACAAGAGGAUAAAAUUCUGAAGCAGAAAUUUCUGAACUCAAUAAUUAUCCUUUAUUUUUUUAUUUUACAAGAUUCCUUAACUGCUGUUUACCACAAGGUCCCAGGGUGUGUCUGUGUCUGUUAAAAACAAAUAAAGCUGUUACAGCCAUAAAAUACUCUAUUUACUCGAAUCUAGUGCUCACCAUUUUUUGGUCAAAUUACGUUGCGAAAAUUAAGGUCCACAUUGGAUUCGAUAGCACGUUUACAUUCGCCAGCAAAUACUUUUUUUUGGUUUCGAGGUUCUGUUUGUCAGUUUCCUCCCUGAAAUGUGAGAAGUUAGCUUGCAGGUAGGUGUCUGGUCUGUAAAGUGACAGAACUUUUUCUCUCUCUCUCUCUCUCCUUGUAGCUGAAGAAAGAAGAAUAUGAAAGACGCAAAAGAGAAGCUGAAGAAGCUGACAUUUUAAAAAUGAAAAUGAUCCAGAGAGAGAAAGUAAGAAGACCCACUCAGGCCAUUUUAACAUUUCCCUCCCUCAUGUACCCCUUGCAAAUGGGUGUGUGGGUGUGUCCCUCAAACAAGCUGACGCUACUUGAUAGAAGUAUAGUUGUAAUUACUUGCCAGGACGUGGGUGGCGCUGUGGUCUAAACCACAGAGUCUAGGGCUUGCCGAUCAGAAGGUUGGCGGUUCAAAUCCCUGCGACGGGUUGAGCUUCCGUUGCUUGGUCCCUGCUCCUGCUAACCUAGCAGUUCAAAAGAACAUCAAAGUGCAAGUAAAUAAAUAGGUACCGAUCUGGCGGGAAGGUAAACGGCGUUUCCGUGUGCUGCUCUGGUUCGCCAGAAGCGGCUUAGUCAUGCUGGCCACAUGAUCCGGAAGCUGUACGCCGGCUCCUUCAGCCAGUAAAGUGAGAUGAGCACCACAACCCCAGAGUCAUUCGCGACUGGACCUAACAGUCAAGUAAUUUUUGAUAUAACUGUAAAAACUAUUCUGAAAAUUUAUUAUUCCAAAAAUGAAACCUUCCUCUGGUUGUAAAUAUUAAGGUUAUACCAGCUAAACUGAGUCUUUCUGUUAAAAAAGCAAGAAAAAAGAUUUAAAUCAAGCCUUACUGACUAGUGAUUUAAAUCGUGAUUUAAAUCAAACCCACCCUGGAAGGAAGUCAACUUUAAGCCAUGGUUUAUGACCCGGGGAAGAUCCCUAAAGUAACCAUAGUUAAGAUUAACCAUGGUUUUGCCUUUGCACAGAAUAUCAAACCAUUAUUAAUUGAAAAGAUAAGCCAAAGCUUCCAAUAUCCUCAGCAGCCGGAAGGAAGGGAGGAUCGAUACUAAACCAUCAGCACUGAUUCCAAAGCUGACCAUUAUCCCACAAACUGCUAGGAAUGAAACCCUGGUACCUUUAAUGAGGUUGGCCCUUGUGAAUUGUGUCAGGGGGUGGGGGAAUAAGUCACUGUUACACUUGUACAUUUUUUCAUUGUCCUGUGUGUCUGGUUUUAAAAAGGCCCUCAAAUGAGAGCAGUUAUAAUAGUUAGCAUCUGCCCAGAUCCCUACUUGGCUAUGGAGCCUGCUAGGCUACUCAUAAGUUUGAGAUUUAAGAAUAAAACAGAGAAGAAGCCGUGUAUGCCACCCCGAGCCUAUUGAGGGAAGGGCAGGAUAAAAACGCAUUAAAUAAAUAAAAUAUAUUUACUAGUAAUAAGGGACAAGCAGAUUGCAAAAAAAUUUGGCUGCAGAGAAUCAAGAUUAACUUUAUAUAUUUGGGCCUUCUCUCGGCAUCUGUGUGUUUAGCUUCUGGGUGACCUCUGUUAAUUAUUUUUUACCUGCUGAUAUGACACCUUGUUUUGAUGCCUUCCUAUUAUAGGCCAACAAGCUUGAAGAAAAACAAAGGCAACAAGAAUGGCAAAGACAUCGGAUGUUUGCUGAAGACCACUGCUUGUAAGUUGAGCUUUGCCUUCAGCCUGAAAGGUGAUGCUUAUUGCUUCCUGUGCCCAGUCAACUUGCCACCAAUUCCUGAUAACAAGCAAACAAUAUCCUUCAGUUCUUUUUCUUUUUUUAAAAAAAAUAUAAUUUUUAUUAAUUUUUACAUAUUAGUUAUCAUUCAUACAACAGAACUUCACAUCUUAUACAAUCUUUUUGGACUUCUAUCAGCCCCUCUGAUGGUCUUCCGUUCUUAUAACUUAUUCUGCAUUUCUUAAGUUCCUAUUGCCUUUAAUUAUCUUAACUAACUGUCCCCCUCGUUACCUCCCCCCCCGCAAUAUUUCAAAUAAUCCACCUUACAAAACUUCUUGCAAACCUACAAGCGUAAUAUGAUCAUCACAAUUACUCUCCAAAUAGUCCGUAAAUUUAUGCCAGUCUUCUGUGAAUCUCUGGUCCCGCAGAUUUCGAAUUCUUCCUGUUAAUUUAUCUAAUUCUGCAUCAGUUUCAUCCUCCAUUCUUCUUUUGUUGGUAAUUCUUCUUGUUUCCAAUUUUGUGCCAGUGAUAUUCUUGCUGCCGUCAUUGCAUAUACAAAUAAUUUACAGUCCUUUAUUUUUAUAUCAUCUCCUGCAAUGCCAAGUAAAAAUGCUUCUGGUUUCUUAAUAAAAAUAUCCUUCAGUUCUGGCAGUGUCCUUUUGGAUUCAGGCUCCUAUGCUAUAGUUGAAUAGUCCUGUCCCCUUUUCCUUGUUCCAUGACAUUUCACUCGGCGCAGUGAAUGUGUGACCUACUGUUCUCCUUCAGGGUAGGCUAGCUUCUAUAAAGCAUGAUCACCAUAUGGUUCCUGUCGACACAAUGGCAUCUGAGGUCUUCCCAGUUCCUCUGAAGGCUCUGACCCCACAUCUGCUCCCUGGUCCCUUGAUGAUGAGGUGGGGAAGAUAGUAAGCUUUUUAAUAGAGCGGAAGGGGGAAGUUGGAAGAGCGACAUUCUUUCCUAUGUGCUUUUCAAGGCUUAGAUUAAUUUUACAGGAUCUGAUUCUCAGCAUCCCCUGCUAUAAAUAAAUAGUUGCAAACUAACCCAAGGCAUCGGAAAGGUAGCUAUGUCCUCUUGCAGAAUCUUGGAAGUGGAUAAAAGGGUCCUUGAAGUUUAUGAUGGACAGAGUGCAGUAGUGCAUUUUUCUAGCAAGAUAAGAAAGAUAAGGUCAUUGACAGAUCCUUGGGGUGGUUCAUCUACAGUCCCUGAACAGGUCGGAAUAUGUUUUAGCUUAUUAUUUUCAAGGUUAUUUCUUCUGACACUAAAACAGGUUCUAAAUUUUUGAACUGUAUCCAGCUUAUGGAAUAAAUUACACAUUUUAAAAAUUACUGCACUACUGAAACAUUUUUUAAAAAAAUAUUGGGAAAUAUUCAGAAGAGAAGAGUUAUAGAAUAUGAAUAUAUAAUCAGAGACUGCUACAACAGAAUAAGCAUCCAGGACCUGUCUCUGAAUAUAAAAUGCCAUUCAUUACUCAGAAUUAUCAAACCUAUGACCAGUAAAUAAAAGCUGAUGAUUGAAGACCAUUCUUUGUUAAGAACUCCAUAAACAAAAAUAAAAAUCUGUCUAAUUAUAAACACGAAUCAAACUUAAUUUUAAUAAUAUGACUGUCCCAUUAGGGUAAUAAAAUCAAAGGGAACGUUUGAGAAUUGUUCUAAUAUUAAAACAGAUUCUCAUCCCAUUAGAUGGAGCAGUUUUUUCAUUCACUGUAAAUUUCUAUUUUAGCUACAGUAAAUAAACAGUUCUCCAUAUUUGUAGGAAUCAGACUAAGAACCAAGGGCAGAUGAUUUUCAUGUCUGCUGGAGUUAUUGAAAAUUCCGUCUUUUUGCAAAGAGGUUUGGAUGAUUAAGAGAUACAAGCCUGAAAGAUUCACAGGUGACCUCUUUUGAAUAUUCCAAAUGGGCUCCCAAAGGGUGUUGGCAGUAAAUUGCAUCUUUAAUUAUGAAACCAUGUUGCCAAAGGACUUGAAUUUUUCAGUAACUCCGCUGUCCACAAAAAUCAUUUGCCUCCGGUUCUUGGCAAUAUCACAAUAAAUCUGGAAAUGUUGGGGGUUGCAUUUGUGUACUUUUAAUAGGUGUAAGGUGUCCUCUAUAGAACACCUUAAAAUCUUGUUCCCUAAGAGCAGUGACUAUACAUAGAGUGCUUAACUUCCUCAUUGGAAACAAGUUUCUGCAUUUGUUAAAGUUAGUCCUUUCUCAGCCAUUUUCCAAUAGAAAAAAUCAGGGGCAUGUGUGGAGAGGAGAAUGCAGGCCAGUUCCAUUGCACAGCUCAAACUCCUUGCACUAGGGGAAGUGUCUAGUUGGAUAGCAACUGAGGAUUAAUCCUGUUCUACUCUCAGCAGUGCAACCUACAGCUGUGCAGAGCCUCUUUGAUUGCUCAGCGUAGAUCUUGAGCUGCAAACUUUUUGGCUACCGUAUUUUUCGCUCUAUAAGACACACUUUUUCCCUCCUAAAAAGUAAAGGGAACUGUGUGUGCAUCUUAUGGAGCAAAUGCAGGCUUUGCGCGGCUAUCCCAGAAGCCAGAACAGCAAGAGGGUUCGUUACGCGAAGCCUCUUCAGGGCAGGGAGAGCCUUCCUCCCGCUACCCUGAAGAAGCUUCGCUUUGCUUUCGCUGAAGCCAGAACAGCAAGAGGGAUCGCUGCGCAGCCAGAACAGCAAGAGGGAUCGCUGCAGGUGCGUCUUAUGGUCUGGUGCAUCUUAUAGAGUGAAAAAUAUGGUACUUUGUCUGACCAUUUAUUGUCAUUAUUUAAAGCCUCCCCACUACAGUCAAGAGUGCGAAUCCACUGCAAAUGGGAAUAUCAGCUUGUUUCCCUUGUAUGGCAGAGGUCCUUUUCAGAAGUACUAGAUGUGGUGGUCAAGCUGUCUCUUGCAGUAUGGCAGGAGGCAGAGGGUCCCUAUAACUCCCCAGCUGCUGUGUAUGUUUAAUAUUCUGCUGACCAUCUGGUUUUAGUAGAACUUUGCCAAAAUGUCGCAAGGGUCUGAUGUCUUCAAAUGUAGGAUAUGAACCUUGCCAAUGGAGACCUUUUAAAAUUGUCUAUCCACGUAACUAUUCCGUGUCGUAGAAUUGAUUACUUACGAUUCAAAAUAGGAAUGCCUUAGGAGCAGGGCUUUUUUUUAACGGGAGUUCGCAGGAGCUCAGCUCCAGCACCUCUCAGGUGGGUGCCAUUGCCAUUCUAAGAGAACGAGGGAGGAGUUCGUGGUGACUUCUGGCACCUCUUUUUCUGGAGAAAUGAAAACCCAUUUCCUCCCCUGAAGCCCUCUCAUUGUGUCAUCACUCUAAAGCUUUCUAACUAGGUCUGCUUGCUGCUAUGCCCAGUUUUGUUUUUGCCCUGAUUAUUUGGGCAUGGUCAAGUAUUGAUGGCUAACCAGCAGAAAACUAGGCUUCUGUAGGCAACCUCUUGAGCAUCAUAAUGAAGGCAGUUUGAAUGCCUGUGAGGGUGCUUUCUAAUUGUACCCAUUAAUCUGCCCAUUCAAGCUGGCUGAAAAUGUAGGAGCAGAUUGCCCACACAGAUGGGGAACGCAGGAUGGCUUGCAUGAGUCAAAACCCCUGCAAUAUACACUUCAUGGCUGUAAUUUCCUAUGCGCUAUGGGAUUUAUGUCAACUGUUUCAAAAUAAUAAAUGAAAUCUUGAUGCCUGAAAUUGCCUCCAGCAACACACUAAUAGGUUAGUGUAAAAAGAAGGUAGGCAGGCAGAGAAGCCAAGUCUGCCAGCCAAGAAAGAGACAUGAAAUAACAUUAAGGUAUUGGCAAUAAAAAAAAGCUGAUUGGAAAAGUUAAUGAGAACUGAAAUAAGAUGAUGCCGUGAAAUUUUCUAUUGAUCUUUUUCUGCCUACUUGCUAUCAAGGAAAAUAAGGUUAGAUUACCAGAUACUUGCGCCGUUUAUCAAAAUUCUAUCUCUCUGUGUAUUCAUUCCACUCUUGAGGGGAGAGAGAAAUGAGUGUUGGGCACUGAUCAAGUUUAGUGACUUGAUCUCCAUCUUCAGGUUCUGUGAAGGGCCAGAUGAAUUAUUUUGGGGGUUUAGAGAAAAUCAAAAUAAUAAGUUUUUUUAAAAAGCAUCCUGUUAUGUACUGAAGUUCUCACCCUGGGCCAGCAGGGGGAUACUGUAGAUAGUUCAGGUAUGCAAAUAAGCGAUCGAAAGUGACGUUCAGUGAUUGGCUAGUUACAGAAAAUGGUUACUGUUGCGUUCUAGUGGAGCUCUAUAUAAGCAGGCUGGCUGAACCCUUCAGUUCAGUUCUGUUCUGGCCUGUGAAUAAACAGGAGCUGUUUGAAGAAUCGCAGUGUCGUCUGAUAUGUUCACCCACAACUUAACACAUCCCUUAUAAGAAAUGAAAGCAGGACAUUGUUCUGACAAUGAUUCAACAAUUCUGUCACCUCCCUAGGACAUGAUGAAAAUGAGAGAGCAGAAUCUCAUUGGUAAACUGGAGACAUCUCAGCCUAGAUCUCUAAAUGACUUCACUCAGCUGUUUCGUGUAGAUGUUCUUGCUGAGAUUUGUUCUCCCCCCAAACUGGAGCUACCUGAGCAUGGUCAGAAAAAGAAGCCUUCUGUGUUGCAUUGCUUCCCAAUUCAUUUUCAGGAACUUGAUAGCUAACAAGCAAAAAUCAAGUUGUCUUGUAACCAUUGCACGCCUUUAAGCCUUUGUGGGCAAUGUUUUAUGCAUGGUCCCCCAUUCUGUUUUCCAAAUACUGCAGGAGUUUUCAUUCCACCUCUUUUGCAGCAUUUAGUUUAUUUUGGGUGGUAUUCAACUCAGUUAUGUCUACAAAUUUGAAUCGGUUGACUAAAUUGAAUACCACCCCAUAUUUUUGUAUUCAUUUUAGUUAUGGUCAUCUUUCUGAAAAUUGCCCUUGGAAUAUAAUUCAAGGAUGAUAUUAAAAAAUCAUUUUUUAUUUCUCUUGUGACUGAGCAACAGGAAAGCCAUCCAGCUUAGCCUGCCGCAACUUUAACUAACUUUAGAUAAGGAGGUUUGGAUGAAAUGCAAGACGUUGGUAGCUGCACGUCCUAUGUUUUCUGUGGUUGAGUGUGAGGAAUAUAAUUCUGCUGCUGCUAUAUCCAAGAUGGAAAAACACCUCGGAUACGUGGUUCCACAUGUUUUAGUAUGGCUAAUGAUAGCUUGCAUUCAAGCUGUCCUUGACCCAUUUUAAGAGGUAAUUCAAAAUAGAACAGACUGUUUAGAUGGAUCACAGAAAUGGGAAGGUGGGAGAACCUGUGAGAAUUUUCAGGCUGUUGGACAAAAUGAAUGGACUUGUUUGGAGACAAGUGGAAACUACUGCCUGUUGAGUGGCAGAGUGGAGAUAAUGGAGAACAGGACUUUACUCAGUGUCCAAUGGGUUCUUCUGGUUCAGCAUGUAAUCCAAAAGCAGGUGUGUGGUUGUCUGGCUGUAAACUCAAGAACAGAACUUGGUUGCAGCUUAUGGUUUGUCUAGAGUGAGACAGACCAUGAGGCUGGCUUCAAAUGGCACGCUAAGCCAAACUAUGGUUUAGCUCAUAGCUAUGCAGCAGCAGCAGGACUGCGGGAAGAGCACAGCUCCGGUGUGGUUAUGCUAAACCAUGGUUUGGCUUAGUCUUACAUGCAGACCAGCUCAGCGUGAGAGAAGUUAGCUGGAGAAGAGAGAUUUGGGUUGAGUGGUUGCUACAUGGCAGGGAUAGAAAGAACAAGGAACAGACUGUAUUGUAAUUUUUUAAAAAUAUAUCUUUAUUAAUUUAAAAUAAAUACAUUUAUGAAAAACAGAAAUACAUACAAGUAAACAAACAUACAAAUAACAGAAAAAUCAAACAAACCAUCACACUAUAAGAUAUAAGGAUAUUAAUAUAAUUAUCAUCACAUAUACUCCUGCUAUUGAACACAAUUAUAAAAUUUAUAGAAAAGAAAUUUAAAACUGACUUCCAAUUAAUCUCACUGUACUUUGUCUGUCCAUUGCUUUAUACCGCGCAGUUACAUAUUUCUUAUAUAAUUUCUUUUUACCUCCCUACGAACUUAUAUUUAUACUAUACAGGGAUCAGUUUAAUUCUGCCAAGAUGUUUCCUUUUAUUCCAUAGUUUUCUAAAUAUUCUUUAAAGAUUUUCCAAUCCUUAUAGACUUUUUGUUUUGGUUGGCCUCUUACUCUUCCUGUUGCUUUCGCUAGCUGCAGAUAUUUUACCAUUAGGAUUUGCCAAUCUUCCGUGUUGGGUAUUGUUGUGUAUUGUAAUUUUAUGUUGUGAACUGCCCUGAGAUUGAUGGAUGAUGGGUGAUAUACAACUUUAAUAAAUAAUAAUAAAACACCUUGCUGACAGCUAAGUAAGCAGUUCUCUUUUGUAAUCGGCUAUUUUCUUUGGCAUCUUACUUUCUGGACUCUUUCUGAUCUUUAGUUCUGCUUGCUGUUUCUUGGUCCUCUUGCAGAUCUAGCUACAAUCCAGGAUCUGAUAAAAUGCUGUUCCUAACACCCUGAAAGCUCUGACGGCCAUAUUUGUAUCCAUCUUACAGAAAAAACACUGAAUUGUUGCACAGAUUGGAUGCAAGCCCAUUCAACAGAACACCUUGUCCAAUGAACCACCAUAACCUCCAGCCUACAGCCUGGGUAACUGCUUUGCGUGAAUAUCUUUUGUUUAGCAAGUGUGGAUCGUCCUUUCUGUUUUGAAAACCACAAGGGCUACGAAUUACAUAAACAUGGUGUCAAGGUCUAAAUUCUAGAUAGUUAUUAAUGUAUAUCUUUUUUGCACAUGAUUUACUUUGCAACAGACCAGGAGCCAGUCAUACAAGCAAAUGCAAAGAGAAGAAGAAAACAGGAAACUUCAGCAGAUGAAGGAAGAGCAGCGAAGAAAGGUGAAGAGCAGCAGCAAUCAUAGAACAAGCUUUUUCCAUAGCUUAUUCUACAGCUGUUCCCUUGUUUUGCCCCAUGGCGUCUUAAAGAUGAACAAAUUUAUGAUGGCAUAAGCUUUCGUGGAUUUUCUGGAGUCCACUUCAUUAAAUGCAGGAAAUAGUCUCCUGAAUUGCAGGUGUAAACCUGGUUGGAGAGGUUUGCAAACAGUGAGGUAACAGGGAUAACUUCGAAGGAUCCUUGUGCAGCAAGCUUCAAACACUGUACAGUGGUACCUCGGGUUACAUACGCUUCAGGUUACAACCUCCGCUAACCCAGAAAUAGUGCUUCAGGUUAAGAACUUUGCUUCAGGAUGAGAACAGAAAUCGUGCUCCUGCAGCACGGCGGCAGCGGGAUGCCCCAUUAGCUAAAGUAGUGCUUCAGGUUAAGAACAGUUUCAGGUUAAGAACGGACCUCCGGAACGAAUAAAGUACUUAACCCGAGGUACCACUGUAUAGAGGACAUCUUGGGGAUCUGUUUUCCAACUAUGAUGUUUUUAAUUUGUUAAUUAAAUUUGUAUACCGUCCAUCCUCUGAAGAUCGCAGAGAAAUACAAAAUGAGAACACAGAAUACAUAACGAAACAAAAACAAGCCAAUAAUGGCCGCCUCCCACGAACAAAUUUAUAAGGCUAUAGAAUGUUAAUUAGCCAAAGGCCUGGUUAUAGAGAAAUGUUUUCGCCCAGCUCCUAAAGAUAUGUAAUGAAGGUGUCAGGCAAGCCUACAGUCUUAAAGGUAUUAUCUGCCAAGCUUUUUAAAAAAGAAAAAAGAAAUGUGGUUAGUGUUGCACAUUUAACCAAGCCAUGUAGGUCUAGUUUUGCUUCCGGGAGAAAACAUCAACUUGCAUACUUUUACCACAUUUUUGAAAUCCAGAGGUGAUUACUUCUUGUACUGGAGGACAAGUGCAGAGUUCCAUACUGUUAAGUUGUGGGUGAACGUAUCAGACGACACAGCGAUUCUUCAAACAGCUCUUGUUUAUUCACAGGCCAGGCCAGGACAGAACUGAACUGAAGGGUUCAGUCAGCCUGCUUAUAUAGAGCUCCAGUACAAUGUAACUGUAACAAUUUUCUGUAACUAGCCAAUCACUGAACGUCACUUUCGAUCCCUUAUUUGCAUAACUAUCUACAGUAUCCCCCUGCUGGCCCAGGGUGAGAACUUCAGUACAUAACACAUACCCAGCGGCGUAGCGUGGGUUGUCAGCACCUGGGGCAAGGCAAGUAAUUUGCGCCCCCUAAUCUGGGGCAAGGCAAGUAAUUUGCGCCCCCUAACCCGGGGCAAGGCAAGUAAUUUGCGCCCCCUAACCCCUAACCUGCCGCCGCUGCCAGCUUCUUCUUGCUGCUGCCUGGUCUGGUCUGGUGUGGUUCUCUCCCGCGCUCAGCGCUGCGCUGGGUGGCCGCUGCACUGUCCCUCCUCCAGAUAGUCCCUCGCUCUCUCUCCGCACCGCACGCCUGGCACCCACCCCCUCCACAGUGGGCGGCGACCCAGCGGCUCGGAUCGGAUUUGCACAGCCAGCACUGCAGUGAGAGAAAGUGAGUGAGCCAGGUAGGGGCAGAGAGCUGCGAGUGCGAGCGCGCGCCCCCCAGAUGUUGCGCCCGGUGCGGCCGGCCCCCCCUGCACCCCUCACGCUACGCCACUGCACAUACCAUAGAAUUACAACUGUUUCCCCUAAAGUUUUUACUGUGUCUGAAGCAUUGGAGGAUCCAUCCCUUCUUCCAAGAAGACCCUUGCCAAUGCUUCUGUGACGGUUGAGAACACUAAUUUGCGUACCAGUGAUAACUUAACAAUAGUGGAACCGGUUGUGUUGGUGUGGCUUGGCAGGGCCUUUGAUAGUGAAGUAUAAUGCUAGUUUAUUAUUACAGGAUAAUUGCCUAUUGCGUUCUGCAUGACUGUUAAAUGGUAACUCACAGUUUUUUGCUUUUUAUUGUCAGGCUGAAUUGUUGGAACUUAAGAAAAGGGAAGAGGAGAGAAUAAGAAUGAAAGCGCAUCAGAAUGAGCAGAGGAGGUAAAAUUAGUGGAAGGAAGCCUGUGACUUGUCGUGUGAAACGUUUUUUAGGUUUGAAUUCAGAUGGCAGAUUUUAUGUAUGCUUCAUAUAAUAUGACAAAUGGUUAUAGUUCUGUAGAGCACAGGAGUGCUUUGUGGACCAAAGAGCAGGAUAUAAAUGAUGUUGUUUUAAAAUCUUCUGAAUAAGCUGCAUUAAUCUUUUUCCCAUACCAAAGCUUCCAAGCCUUUUGCCGUGUCUCAUGUGAAGUGUGUAGGAAAUCUGGUGGAAUGCAUUGCCCAAAAAUGCCCAUCACUUUUAUUCUAAACAAAUAUAAUGGGUCCCUCCCAGCUACAUUUCUUGACUCCGAAGGAGACUUCAAGUAUUUAAUCUUUUGUUUUCCACUUAAGUUAAGAGAAUUCAUGCGACUAACUCAAGCACUGCCUUGUAUUACAGCAUACCGCUGGAUUUUUAAAAAUCAGGUUCUGCACUGAUAAAAAAGCAAGGUUGGUUAAUGAGUAUCAAGAGCCAAGGGACGCGGGUGGCACUGUGGGUUAAACCACAGAGUCUAGGACUUGCCAAUCAGAAGGUCAGCGGUUCAAAUCCCUGCGACGGGGUGAGCUCCCGUUGCUCAGUCCCUGCUCCUGCCAACCUAGCAGUUCGAAAGCACGUCAAAGUGCAAGUAGAUAAAUAGGUACCGCUCCGGCAGGAAGGUAAACGGCGUUUCCGUGCGCUGCUCUGGUUCGCCAGAAGCGGCUUAGUCAUGCUGGCCACAUGACCCGGAAGCUGUAUGCCAGCUCCCUCGGCCUAUAGAGCAAGAUGAGCGCCGCAACCCCAGAGUUGGUCACGACUGGACCUAAUGGUCAGGGCUCCCUUUACCUUUACUUAUCAAGAGCCAUAUUGUAAAAAGUUGCCAUUAUAGUCAGAGGUAGCUUUGCAAAAUGAGGAAGCUGUGGGUUUUAAUCGAAUAUAGUCUUCAGGCUAUCUGCACAAUUGGCUGUUGUCAUGAAAAGCAAAGCAAAUUUCUGUACUGAAUUCAAUUUCAUAAUCUCUGCCUUUUGCAAGAUUCUGUUAAUGGUCAUUUCCUCAUUUCUAUUUCUAAGGGUGAAUAAUGACUUUCUAGACAGACUACAAAACAAUAGUCAGCCAGGUGGCGUGUACCAAUCUGGAUGUCUUGGGAAUAUGCAUUUUAUUGCUGACAGCUGGGUAAGUAACAAACCUCAUAUUUCAAAAUCCUGAAGAAGAAAAACAGUGAGGUGUUUUUAAAAAGUCACGCUACCUGAAUAGCCUGGUGUUUGUAAUGUUCACUGUCUGGUGUGGGCAUGGAGCCAGGCUGAUGAAUAUAAAUUCAACAAUCGCUUUCGAGGAGAAAGGAAUCGGGACUUAAAACAAGCUUAUCUAAACACAAAAUGACAGCUGCCCACUUCUGCAGAGUUUAGAUUGCCUUGAAUGUUCUGUUUUAUCACUCCUUCUGUAUACCACAACAGAAAGGGAUCUUGAGAAAAUGUGUUUAUCUGCGGAGGCAGAAGUAAUAGCUCAUAUAUAAGCAUGGCAAGCAAUACAGUCUGUUCAACCUCUAAAUAUAAAAUGUUUAGAAGUUGUUUAAGGGAGGAGCAUUUGGUGCUCUACUAUCGCAGCUUCUGCUAUUUUCACCUGCUCCGAGUAGUACAGGCUGUGGGUGGAGGGCAGAAGAACUAAAAUGCAGGUGUCCAAUUCUCUGAGGACUGAGAAAUAGGGGAAAGGGGGCACUGAUCCCCCUAAUAGUUGUGACCUUGAUGGGUCCUGUCCGCACCCUGGCAUUUGCCUCGGCGUACCUACUGCUGACACCAGGCCUGCCCACAGCUCCAAAUAAAGUGUUUUGUCUUUAUUCCAAACAUGCCGUGCUGCAUCCCCGUCGAUCUUAGAGGUACAUUUGCUCAGAAGCAUAUCUUUCCACCUCACUGUCUUACCUUCGAGCCCCAAAGAAGAUUAUCUUCAUGACUGAAGUGGCUCCUGUUUUUCCUGUAGCAUGCUUGAAAUGGCUAGUGGAGAAAUCGUUCAUUUCUGAAGUCAUACCUCAGGUUGCGUUUUUUUGGGUUAUGGACCACCGAAACCCGGAAGUACUGGAACGGGUUACUUCCGGGUUUCAGCGGUUGCGCAUGCGCAGAAGUGCCAAAUCGCAACCUGCUCGUGCGCAGACGUGCAGCUGCGGGUUGUGAACGUGCAUCCCGCACGGAUCACGUUCGCAACCCGAGCGACCACUGUAUUUUGUUUUAAAGGAUGGUAUAAAGCAGGGGGUCAGCAACCUUUUUCCGCCGUGGGCCGGUCCACCGACCUUCAGACCAUGUGGUGGGCCGGACUAUUUUUUUUGGGGGGGGGAAUGAACGAAUUCCUAUGCCCCACAAAUAACCCAGAGAUGCAUUUUAAAUAAAAGGACACAUUCUACUCAUGUAAAAACACACUGAUUCCCAGAUCGUCCGCGGGCCGGAUUGAGAAGGCGAUUGGGCCACAUCUGGCGCACAAGCCUUAGGUUGCUUACCCCUGGUAUAAAGGUAUGCACACACUUGAACGCUGAGGGUUAACUGACUGCAAACUUUCUGCUGAGAGAUCGGAGGAAUCAGCAGGCAGGCUGCAGGUUUAACUGACCUUACAGCAUUGUCAGCAAUGGGAUUGACUUUGCCGUCCCUGUGGAUUGAAAGCUGUUGAUUUGUCACUUCAGUAUCACCGCUGCAGGAAGGAAAGAACAAGUAUAAGCACCAGAUACUGGAGAAUUUUAGAUAAAAGGUUUUUUUGCAGUGUAUUAGGAGACAAUUAAAAAAAACACUCAUGGCCUAAUAAAAUCACAGAGACGAGUGAACACAAUCCUAGAUGUAUAUAGUAGUGUUUGGAUGGUAAAAAUUAGUGUUUGGGGAGAUCAUCGGACCAGAAAGGCAGCGGAAUGUCUGGAGGUUGUCUAAGCAGAACCAGGAUGGGCGAGAAAAGCCACCAAGCAGCAGCAACUUUGUCUGAUUUUAUUCUUCUUCACGAAGUCUGCUUCGCUGCAUCAGCUUGUUCCACUCCCGGUUCUUUCUCCAGCCUCUUCCCCUCUUCUCCUCCAGCUGUGACAGGACUUGCUUUUAGAGGCAGGCACCAAAUUGCGCAGAGAACUCUUGCAAAAUGUAUCCUAGGAUAGAAUCUCCCUCCUUGGAGGUUAUUAAGCAGAGUUUGGGCAUGUUAAAUUUGAUAGCGCUGUAGUCACUGCUCCUACUUGGUUGAACAAUAUCUUCCAUUUCUUGCCAGGUCCUGAGUGCCACUUAAUCUUAAAUCAAGGGUUUCUGGCCCUCUGCUUGGUUUCACGGCCUAUUGUUCUAGGGCACCUUUAUUUAGGAUAUCUAGAAAUUUUGUGUUAUGUACUGAAGUUCUCACCCUGGGCCAGCAGGGGGAUACUGUAGAUAGUUUUCACUCAGGUCCACAUAUGCAAAUAAGGGAUUGAAAGUGACAUUCAGUGAUUUCUGUGUUUCAGCUCAGUGAUUCAGCUCCGCUCAGAGGGUGGCCGCAUCUGGCUGUGCUCUGUUGUCCAUCGAUCCCACCUUCGUCACCAGUGUUAAGUUGUGGGUGAACAUAUCAGACGACACAGCGAUUCUUCAAACAGCUCUUGUUUAUUCACAGGCCAGAACAGAACUGAACUGAAGGGUUCAGCCAGCCUGCUUAUAUAGAGCUCCACCAGAACGCAACAGUAACCAUUUUCUGUAACUAUCCAAUCACUGAACAUCACUUUCAAUCCCUUAUUUGCAUAUGUGGACCUGAGUGAAAACUAUCUACAGUAUCCCCCUGCUGGCCCAGGGUGAGAACUUCAGUACAUAACAUUUUGCCUCUUAGUUGUGACUGGAGCAUGCAAAGUUAAGUGAAGACACUGCAACACUUCUCCUUUGUGUGACUCCUUCAUUUUAUCAUCCAUUUAAAGAUCACUCUGGGGAUUUUAGUCGUGGGGGAUGAGGGUACAACCACUGUACUGAAAUACUAUUGGAUCUCAGUAUUGCCACCCAGAGUAAUUCUGUGGCAAUGUUUGCCCCUUCUGGGAUUUCUAGCUUGUUAGACUCCAUGUCCUCUUUGUUGCACACCCUUCCCUGGCUCUCCUGUGCAGUUUGCAUCCAGAGAUAACCGUGAUCCAUUGGUUCUCCCCAUUCCACCAGGUUUCGGUCAUGCCUUCCAGAUCUCUGCACUCCUUUAAAACCAUGCACCCCAAUUCAGUAUUAGCACACAUGCAUAUUUUACUCUGUAGCACUUUGACCUCUUCCGUAUUGUUUCCUUGCAACUUUGAUCCCCUUACGCCCCUUUGUAACUAGUUGUUGUGCCACAGCAUAAGAAUGUACUAAUAUAUCAUGAUUUUUUAUAACAGCCUGAACAUUUCCAGUAAAAAUUGAUCUACGGAACCCAAACUACAGAGGGUAAGUGGGGUUUUUUCCCAUCCUCUCAAAAUGGAACUAGAUUUCUAUUAAAACAUUAUGUUGGCUGCCUGAAUUUCUCAGAUAGAUAGAUAGAUAGAUAGAUAGAUAGAUAGAUACAGUGGUGCCUCGCAAGACGAAAAGAAUCCGUUCCGCGAGUCUCUUCGUCUUGCGGUUUUUUCGUCUUGCGAAGCAAGCCCAUUAGCGGUUUAGCGGAUUAGCGCUAUUAGCGGCUUAGCGGGCUUAGCGGAUCAGCUGAUAAGCGGCUUAGUGGCUUAACAGAUCAGCUGUUAAGCGGUUUAGCGAUCAGCUGAUAAGCGGCUUAGUGGCUUAACGGAUCAGCUGUUAAGCGGCUUAGCGGAUCAGCUGAUAAGCGGCUUAGCGAUCAGCUGUUUAGCGGUUUAGCGGAUCAGCUGAUAAGCAGCUUAGCGGCUUGGGGAAAAGGGGGGGAGGGAAAAAACCCUGCAGGAACUCGCAAGACAUUUUCGUCUUGCGAAGCAAGCCCAUAGGAAAUUCGUUUUACGAAGCACCUCCAAAACGGAAAACCCUUUCGUCUAGCGGGUUUUCCGUCUUGCGAGGCAUUCGUCUAGCGGGGCACCACUGUAGAUAGAUAGAUAGAUAGGCAGCUUGCCUCCAGGUAUGUGAAUGAGAGGUGUUCUUACAGGUAUAUGGCAUCGCUGUAUGGGCUUGCAGGCCUACACUUGUUGCCAACAAUAUUGCCCUGUAUGCAGGGACUCAUACAGUUUAUCCACACUUACGGUUCUCCCGUGACUUCUUCUAUUUGUCCCGUAAACUCAGUGUUUGCUGCUGAAUUGGAAAAGGCCUCAAUCCGCAGAAAACCCAUGUCAGAGAGGCCAUGGCGCUGCCGCUCUCUGGUGCUGCGGUCCUCGCCCAGUAGCCAGAUACAGGCUCCAGUGGGUGAAUGUCCCAUCCAUCUCCCCGGGCAGCAAUCGGGGAACGCAACACCCCUGGAUCAAGGGGAAUAAUAGGCCUGCCCUGUUGUGCCUUGUUCAGACCACACCUGGAAUCCCGUGUCCAGUUCUGGGCACCACAAUUUAAGGAGGAUAUUGACAAGCUGGAAGGUGUGCAGAGGAGGGCAACCAAGAUGGCCAAGGGUCUAGAAACGGAGACUUGAUGAGGGAUGGUUGAGGGAACUGGGUAUGCUUUGCCUAGAGACGAGGAGACCGAGAGGAGUUAGGAUAGCCAUCUUCAAAUAUCUGAAGGGCUGCCACAUGGAGGAUGGAGCAAGCUUGCUUUCUCCUGCUUCGGAGGGUUGGAGUCGAACCAAUGGCUUCAAGUUACAAGACAGGAGAUUCCGACUAAUAAUCAAGAAGAACUUUCUGACAAUAAGAGCUGUUCAGCAGUAGAAUGCGCUCUCUUGGGAAGUUGUGGGCUCUCUUUCCUUGGAAGUUUUUAAGCAAAAGUUGGGUGCCAGGGAUACUUUAGUCAGGGUGGAUUUUAUUUAAAUCACUAAUCAGUAAGACUUGAUUUAAAUCAAUUUUACAGAAAGGUUCAACUUUGCUGGCAUCCUCUGAAUAUUUUCAAUUAGCUGAAGGCUUCGUUUUUGGAAUAAUAGUUUUUUGGAGUAGUUUUUACAGUUAUAUCAAAAAUUACUGAUUUGGUUAUACUAUCAGAAAUACAUAGACAGAUAAUUAGGAAAUUAUUGUUUAUUAUUUAGACAGCUUUUCUGCUGUACUUUAUUGGAAGGAGAAAAAUCAUCAUUUCCUUAAGUUUAAACAAUUUAUUUAACUAAAACAAUAACAUUAUAGCAUAUGUAUCCAUGUUUGUUAACCAAUGUGGUUAAACGAGUGUGGAUGAGCCUUAACAGCCAGGAGGGCUCAAGGAUGCAGAGGAGGAGAAGCCCGGGUCUUAAAAUGGGCGCACUGCCAGAGUUUUCAUUUAUCAGAGAGAGGAAGCAUACAUUGCUGUUGAUCAACUGUAGAUUUUGGAGUUCUUUCUUUUUACUUUUUUCAACAAUAGACUUUGGACCAAUACGGGUACAGUGGUACAGUGGUACCUUGGGUUAAGAACUUAAUUUGUUCUGAAGGUCCAUUCUUAACCUGAAACUGUUCUUAACCUGAAGCACCAUUUUAGCUAAUGGGGGCCUCCUGCUGCCGCUGCACCGCCGAAGCACAAUUUCUGUUCUCAUCCUGAAGCAAAGUUCUUAACCCGAGGUACUACAGUGGUGCCUCGCAAGACGAAAUUAAUCCGUUCCGCGAGUGUCUUCGUCUAGCGGUUUUUUCGUCUUGCGAAGCAACCCUAUUAGCGGCUUAACGGAUUAGCGCUGUUAGCGGUUUAGCGGCUAUUAAAGGCUUAUCGGCUUAGCGGAUUAGCUGCUAAAAGGCUAUUAAAGGCUUAGCGGCUUAGAUAAAGGGGGGGGGAGCGGAAAAAAACCCUCAAGACUCGCAAGACAUUUUCAUCUUGCGAAGCAAGCCCAUAGGGAAAUUCGUCCUUCGAAGCAACUCAAAAACGGAAAACCCUUUCGUCUAGCGGGUUUUCCGUCUUGCGAGGCAUUCGUCUUGCGGGGCACCACUGUAUUUCUGGGUUAGCGGAGUCUGUAACCUGAAGCGUAUGUAACCCGAGGUACCACUGUACCUUGGUUUGUAACCGUUUUGGAUUACAACCAUGUCAAACACAGAAGUGUGUGUCCAUUUUUUGUAUUACAACUAUUAUUAUUAUUAUUAUUGUUAUUGUUAUUGUUAUUAUUAUUACAACCCAUUUUUUUGGAGGCCCCAUUGGCGAAAGCGUGCCUUGGGUUACAACCUGUUUUGGUUUACAACCGGACCACUGUAACGGGUUAUGGUUGUAACCCAAGGUACCACUGUACUUUUGUGCCUUAUAUUUAGUAUGAAAUACAUUUUGAAUCAUAUGUUUCUUCUGCUGUCCUUUGACUAGAAAGGGUAUUAUAUACUUUUCACAUCUCAAACAUGGAAAGCUUCAAGCUUUCCCUACCAUUCAGCUCAAUAGCUUUAGGGGUUUUUUUCUGAACACGAUAGCACUAAUUCCAACUUCAUCUUACAGGAUUCCAGGUAUAUUAUCUUGGAGAAAUUAUCUUGGAAAAAGCUUCAGGGAUCUAUUCUUCCUCUGCCUGCACAUCUUUCAUCGCUUUUUAUUUUUUUAGCCUUGCUGGUUUGACCUGCUGUCUUUCCUCUCCAGCUUAUGAGUAUUUCAAGCUAUUGAUUAUGGUGCUGCUAUUAAAUCUCAAAGAAAUUGUUUCUCUCACAGCUUGUCUUGCUUGUUGUGGCAGUUUUUCAUCUCUCAGAAGUUUUAUGUCCAUUUACUCUUGACUAGCACACCAUCUGAGCUGCAGAAACCUGGCAGUUCCGACAUGUGUGUACAUGCUCAUUUUUAAUGUCACUGAGAGAAAAAGUAAUUUUUAUACUGUAUGUUGUAACUGGUUUUAAUUCGAAACUCCUCUAAUGUGCAAAAACAUAAUAAAAUAUUACAUAAAUAAAUUAACAGUGCCAUGGUCAUUUGCACCACCUGAUACCUUUUUGAUGUUUUGUGUCUUGUUGGGGAAAACCUUAGAAGAACUCCAAAAAUGUUUAUUUAGCAGUCCUAUGGGAAAAACAAUACUAGACAAAUGUUGUGAGGAAAGCUUAAAUAGCUGAUAGAAAUAUUGUUAGGUUAUUUAAGAAAUAGAGAACUAUAAAUACAGGGGAGAAGAAUUUAGAUGAUGUAAUAGCUAAGAUACCUCAAGCUGAGGUAUAAAAACAUAAUAAAACAUUACACAUUAAAAAGUGCUCCUAUACAGGGCUGCUUUCAGAGGUCUUCUAAAGUUUAUAUAGUUGCUCAUCUCUUUAACAUCUGCUGGGAGGGUGUUCCACAGGGAGGACACCACUACUGAGAAGGCCCCCUCUGCCUGGUUCCCUAUAGCUUCACUUCUCACAGUGAGGGAACCACCAGAGACCCUUGGAAGAUGACCUCAGUGUCUGGGUUGAGUGAUGGGGGUAGAGAUGCUCCUUCAGGUAUGGUGGGCCGAGGCCAUUUAGGGCAUUAAAAGUCAGUACCAACACUUUGAAUUGUACUUUGAAAUGUACUGAGAUCCAGUGAAGAUCCUUUAGGACUGGUGUUACAUGGUCCCAGUGUCCACUCCCAGUCACCUAUCUAGCUGCUGCAUUUUGGAUUAGUUGUAGUUUCUGGGCUACCUUCACAGGUAGCCCCACACAGAGCACAUUACAGUUGUCCAAGUGGGAGAUAACUAGAGCACGCACCACUCUGGUGAGACAGUCUGCGG